UAUUACAAAGAAUAAUAAUAGAUUCAAAAUUUCAGAAACCAUGAAACUCACAAGAAACCUUUAUCCAUUAUUAAUUUUUGUUAUCAUUAUCGAAAUAAUUACUGUCAAUGCAAUUAGUAGGUGUGAAACUGUUGCUCGUACAUUGAUUCAAUUGGAAAAUGCACCUAACAAUUAUUCCUUUAGUGAUUGUCAAUUCGUCAAAAUUCUAUUUGAAGAGCACCAAGCUAGACAAUUAAAUGUAUCAAUAGUAUCACAAUACGAGACAAUAGAAUCAUUGGAUCUCCAUGAAACCGAAGGAUUAUUAGCUGAUUUUUCAACGCCUAUUUAUUUGAGUCUAGUACUGUCGACUGAACUAACAGAAAAUACUACUAGAGUCAAUGAUUAUUUAUUUAUACCCUCAACAGUUGAUUCGUAUGCACCGGAUUUUGGUUUUUUUACGCUGUAUCAUGAUAAAAAUAAAUUUGCAUCAAUGAUUUACAACAUUAAAGGGCCAUUGGACGUCAGUUUAGUAAGUUAAUAAUUCUAAUUAAUUGUAAGUGAAUAUAUUUUAUUUUCAUGUGUAACACUUUUUCAUCCCCUUAGAUGCCCUUUUUUUGCUUAUACUGAUAAUCACAACCCCACAUUUAUUAAUCUUGCGUAAAUUUCACACAAGUCAUCUUAGUAGUAUACUAGUUUUCUGUUUCAUAUGACUACAGUUCUCGCAACAACCACUUGUAAAAUAUUUCAACUGCGAGUCUUGUGUAGAACUUGCACAAGUGCGGAAUGAUAUAUUUUAUUUUAAUGAUAUAUUUUAUUGUUCAUGUGUAUUGAAGAUAUAUUACUUAUACAUUAAUUAUAAUUUCAUGGGGGUCCCGAAAAAUAUAUAUCCAGAAAUAACAUACGUACGACAAUGCUAAAGAUUUAAGCCGGAUAUGUACUAUUUUUUUGGGAUAUU